AGACGCUUCAAAAAUACUCCCAAAUAAAACACAAGUAGACUCUGCAUAUCCCUUCGAAAAGAAACUACCGACAUAUUUUAUUUCGCCUGUCCUAACGCCGCCGACAAUACAAAAACGCGCGCACAUCUACAAGGGCAACAACAAACGCAACUACCCUACAACUUUUAAUUUUUGACCAGCUGUCGUAAUAAGUAAAUCGAAGCUGCGAAAAUGGAUGACUCACGCGAAGAAAGCCAGUUUAUUGUGGACGACGUGAGCAAGACGAUUAAGGAGGCCAUCGAAACGACCAUUGGUGGUAAUGCCUAUCAGCACGACAAGGUGAACAACUGGACUGGUCAGGUGGUGGAGAACUGCCUUACUGUGCUCACCAAGGAGCAGAAGCCCUACAAGUAUAUAGUGACUGCCAUGAUCAUGCAGAAGAACGGGGCAGGACUGCACACCGCUAGUUCCUGUUAUUGGAACAACGACACCGAUGGAUCUUGCACAGUGCGCUGGGAGAACAAGACCAUGUACUGCAUUGUUUCGGUCUUUGGACUGGCCGUUUAGAGCGGUAAACACAAGGAGGAUUCGGGGCUGGAGGACUCAUGUCGCGGGACAUCACUCGUGACUAUGAUCAAUAAUCGCAACUAACUUAUAAGGGGGAGGGAUUAACAAGAUUGCCGUCGUACACACACACACCCAAACAGAAACCACACGCACUUGUAUCGGCCAUACUGCUGCAAGGACUAAAUUAAUUAUGAGACACCGGAAAACAAUGUUAUUUCCAAGCAAAUACCAGCAACAAUUCGUUGCCAGUGUACGCGCCCAAUGUUAUUCUUGAUUUUCAAUCUAAAAACCUAAAUAAAAAUGUAAAAACACUUAA